GUUUACAGUUUGUGCAGGUGUUUUAAAAGCAGACGUGCGACAGCAAGAAUCUGAACAGGAAAGCUGGGUAUCUGAUCGCCUGGACCGGAGGCUGUUGUCUCUCCUUUUCAUGUGGUUACAAUUGUCCACAAUUCGGAGUGCAAGGGGAAUCUCAGUGUGGCAGCAUCUGCCGAGUGUCAGAACACCAUAGUCACCCUGCCUUCUGGAACUGCGGAGAUGAAUACGGGGAUGAGGUCCAUCAGUGGAAGUUUGUAUUCUGUCCUUUCCCUCACAAUUUUGGUCUCCCAAAGCUGUGGCUUGCAGCAGCUCAUGGCUGACAAAGAAACAAUCGUGAAGAUUUUGUCUUCAGGAAAGUUAAUCCAGUGCUCAGCAGCUAUUGACAUUUUAUUGCUGAUGGAUGGAUCCUACAGCAUAGGGAAAGGAAGCUUUGAGCAGUCAAAGCACUUUGCUGCUAAUCUCUGUGAUAUUCUUGACAUUAAUCCUGACAGGGUUCGCAUAGGAGUGAUCCAGUUCAGUUCAAAACCAAAAGUAGAAUUUGGGUUAGAAACCUAUUCCACAAGAGAAGAAACAAAAGAAGCUAUCAAAAAAAUUUUCUUCAGGGGUGGUGGCACAGAGAUUGGUACAGCAAUAAAGUACGUGCUACAUAAAGGGUUUCAUGGAGGGCGGCAAGAUGUCCUGAAGGUCAUUGUAAUUCUCACGGAUGGUAAAUCACAAGACAAUGCAACAGUGCCUUUGAGGUUUGCUAAGAACAGUGGAAUGACAAUAUUUGCCGUGGGAGUCAAACAUCCAGGGUGGAAAGAAUUGGCUAGUUUAGCCAGUGUUCCCAGUGAGAUGCAUAUGUUCUAUGCAGCACACUAUAAUGAUGCUGUUAAUGGUUUGUACACUACACUGACACAGUCUGCAGUCUGCUCUGAUGUACACCCAGCCUGCAAGGUGGUAUCACAGUUUUGCAAGAGAACAACAGUCAAUGCUGAGAAGAAAUACCUUGGAAGUCAUAUUUGCUGGAAAGGCAAAAUUGACAGCCUAAAAGGACAUGGAAAACCUCUGACUACCUUCUGUCCUUUCUACACCUGGAAAAGGACAUACAGUCAGAUUCGAACUCGCUGUGCCCGCACCCUGUGCCCAGAUCCCUGUGAUUCAGCUCCAUGUCAUAACGGAGGCACGUGUGUUUCAGAGACCGUGGAUGAGUACAGCUGUUUGUGUCCCCUCGGUUAUGGGGGGGACAAACACUGUACUGGAAACAGGUACCUGAUUCCUGCUGGCAUUACGGACUGUUCUGUUAACUUGAUGUUUUUGGUGGAUGGUUCAUGGAACAUGGGCCUCGAGGGAUUCCUUCAAGCUAAAGCUUUUGUUAAAAUACUUCUUCAGUCCAUCACAACUUCUUCAGCAAGACUCUUAGUGGGAUUUGCUCAGUAUAGUGACAACGUUUGCAUUGAGAUUGGAAUGGGACAGUACAGUGACUUCAAUGGUUUGUUUAAAGCAAUAGAUAACAUAUCCUUUAAUGGUGGAAAGACAUUCACUGGAAAAGCCCUGCAAUAUGUAGCUGACAAUGGUUUCGGUGAAGUCUCUCGAAUGAAUGUUCCUCAUGUCCUUGUAGUGUUUUCCAAUUCUAAAUCUCAUGACUCAGUGCUACUCGCUGCACAACACACUAAAGAAAAGGAGAUACUUGUUUUGUCCAUUGGAAAAAAAUACGUUCAAAAUCAACUAAACCGCAUAGCUGGAGAUGCUCAGCUUGUAUUUGCAUAUAAUGAACCACAAGAACUCUACGGUAAGGUUUUGGAGCUCAGGAGAAAGAUAUGUGGAUUUAACACACCUGAUUGUUUUUCCAAGUCUUUAGAUCUAGUAUUUGCAGUCGAUGCUUCUGGUCAAGCUGGAAGACAGAAUUUUCGACAAAUAAAAGGGUUUGUGAGGAACAUUGUCUCACAUUUUGACAUUGACAAAGACCUCACACAGGUUGCUAUGGUGAUCUACAGCGACAAGCCCCGAACUCUCUUUAACUUGGAUUCAUUUGACAGUGAAGGAAAAAUUAAAAGGGCAAUCAGCUCAGGCCCAUUUCUAGACGGGAGUGCUCACACCGGGAAAGCUCUUAAAUAUAUACAGGAGGAUACCUUAAGUAUCCAGAAGGGAGCAAGGCCAGGAAUCAACAAGGUCGUUGUGGUGAUUACUAAUGGGCAGAGUUCAGAUGAUAUUGUUCCGAAUGCUGAAGAACUCCGACACAGUGGGAUUACUGUAAUUGCACUGGGAAUGGCAGACACUCGGGCAACAGCACUCCUCAGAAUUGCAGGAAGCCGCAAAUUUGUGAUUCCUGUUCAUUCCUAUGAAGAUUUUAAACAUCAUGAAAUCAACUUGGUACGGAAAAUAUGUGAAGUUCCUGCUUAGUGGCAUUAUUUCUCAUUGCCUCAAAAAACAAAAGGACAAUUUCAAAAGCUAUACUAAGGCACAGCUCUCCAUUGCAAGGUCUAACUCCUGAUCAUUCGAUACUGGUAUCUUCUCUCCUACUGAUGUCAGAGUCAUGGGAUCAACAGCAUCAUAAUAUACAUGAGUCUCAUUAUUUCAUGUGUACUCUCUCAAAAACACUUCACAAUAUCACAGUGGCUCAGUGGUUAAUACUGCUGCCUCACAGCGCCAAGGACCAGGGUUCGAUUCCAGCCUUGGGCAACUGUCUGCAUGGAGUUUGUACAUAGGGUGGAAAAUGCAUUGUUAGGGUAGGCUGCUUUUGGAAGGUCAGUGUGGACUCGAUGGGCUGAAUGGCCUGCUUCCACACUAGGGAUUUUAUGAUUCAUGACGACAAUGUCAAGUAGAACAAAUCUUAUAAUCAUAUUUGUCAUCUUAAAGUUAUAUCAUAAUUUUCGGUUUGAAAGGUAUAUGCCAUUAGUUGUUGAUCACUUUUCCUUAAGAUGCAAAAUCCUUUCAAGUGAUACGUUUUUAUUAAUGUUUUAAAAGAUAUAGAAAUUCAAAUUACUCAACACUUGCUGGUUUAAAUGGGAGUUAAUGUUGCCCAUUUCAGUGCAUUUUGAAGCUCGUAGAACAGAUCAAGGUUAGAGUGCACUAAAACACUGCACACCAUUUUUUGUCUAAUCCAAAGGUUCUGCAAUCACACUGUUCUAAACCCUGAAUAGUUUAGCUAGUACAAACAGCAUUCCAUUACUCAACAGUUACUCAACUCCUGGCCCACCUCAUCUCCUACCCUCUGUGAAUUUGAGUCAAUCCAAAAUUUGGCUGCACAGCUCCGAAUUGACUGUUCAUAUAGUACCCUUGCUUGACAAACAUUGGCUGUAUGUUAAAGCAAUAAGUCAAUCCUGAAAUUCUCUUGUUUACAAAUCACUCCAUGUGCUCAGCCCUCCCAAUCUCAAUAGUUUCAUUUAUCUUAUAAACCCCCCAAUUAUCAGCAUUCAUCUAAUUCUGGCUUUGAGCAUCUCAAUUGUUGGCUAUGUCUUCAACUGAUGAAAACCUAAACUCUAGAAUCCCCUCUCUAAACCUUUCUUUUCUCCUUCAAGAUGCUUUUAAAGCUUAAAAUUAUUUACAAUCUGUAUUAAUGCCCUGAAUGACAGGGUUGAAUGUACUAUCAUUAAGCUGACAGAUGACAAAACAAAAAUAGAAGGGAAGUCAAACGGUGAGGAUAACUGAAAGGACCUCCAGAGCAAUGUGGCUAGAUUAAGUGAGUAGGCAGAUAGAAAGCAAUGUGGGGGACAAGUCAGGUUUAUACUUUGGCAGGGAGAAUCCAAGAGAUGAAUACUAUUUAAGUGGAGAAAAACUAGAGGAAGCUACAGCAGAGAAGGACUUAGGAGUCCUUUUGUAUAAAUUACAAAAAUUCAAAUAGAGGUGUCAAAUGGAACAUGGGCCUUUAUUUUAAGAGGAAUCGAGUAUAACGAAAGAGGUGACUUGCUAAAACUAUACAAGACACUAGUAGACCACACCUAGAAUAUUGUGAGCAUUUUUAUGUAAAUUAUAAAUUAUAAAAUUAUAUAAAUUAUAUAAAUUAUUCUAAAGAAAGAUGUAUUUGCACUGAAAGCAAUGAGAAGCUACUUCACCAGGCUGACCCUGAAUGUGAAGGAUGUUUUUUACAAUGACGAGAGAGCAAUUAACUUGGGCAAAUACUCUUGGAAGAACGAGUGGAGACCGAUAGAAGCAAAGAGGGGCUUGACAGGACAAAUGUAGAGACAUUUACAUAUGCAAUCUGGAAGUAUAGCAGGACAAUGGUGAGAGGAGGAAACAUGAUUAAGCAUCAAACAAACCAGCAUCCUAACCAAGCACACAAACUGACAGAAUCAUUAUGGCCUAGGAAUCUGUAAAGUCCAUGCCAGCCUGCUGUAGAGCGAUCCAGUCAUUCCCAAUCCCUCGCUUUAUCUUUGUAGUUCUGCAAGUUUAUUUCCCAUUGAUCUAGUAUUGCAAAGUUGGGUAGAGUAUUUCUGGAUUGGGAGGCAGGAUGGUAGAACUUGGUGUUUGUAAAAUGUUAGGGUGGAACACAUUGUGAGGUCCCUUUAAAAGAUCAUGUGCUUUUUCCAUACUUAGAUUUUAAAAUGGAUGUCAGUGAGCAGUAGCUUGAAAGUCUGUAGUACACUCAGAACACCCGAAUUACAACAUUUGUAGUGAAAGGCUGUAAAGUUAGCAAGUCAAGCACCAGUUUUUACCAAGACAACAGGCUUUUGAAUUUAACCAAUCAAUUUGAACCUGGCACUUGGAUACCAAAAACUUAUUAAAUUUAAGUCUUAUGGUUUUGACAAUAUAGGACCAAUCCUAUUGUAAGAAAUAUUGAUAUGUCAUCAAGAGUAUAAAAAAGGGGCAGUUGGACAAAGGCCCAGAGCUAAUUGCCAUCCACAAGAGCUAACGACCCUCAGUUCUCAACAGAGAAUUGCUGGCUGUUACAGCCUCCUCAAUGUCUUAGAGAAAGCACCACCUAAAUAACAAUGGUAUCAGCCACUAGUUAAUAUUCCUGACAGAAGAAUCAAUGGGGAAAGCACAGAACACUCCAGAAGACAUGUAACCUGGCUCAAUUUUUGAGAGAAUAAAUUCUUUAUUUGUACAUGGGACUUGUAUUUAUUGGAACAGCAUACUAUUAGAAUCUUGCUUUAUCUGGAAGUAGUUAGUCGCUAGAAGGGAUUUACUCAGUUUGUUAAUAGGUUAGUUAAUUUGUUCACUGUUAGAGUUAAAUAAAUUAUUACUUGAUUGUAAAGUGACUGUCAGGGUUUUAUUUUAUGCAACUACUAUAAGUUACUAAAAAGACUGGUUACAACACUUUUCACACUCCUUUUACGUAUUAUGGGGCAAGGUGCACCUCUUUAGGUGUUUUGGUUUUAGUUCUCAGACAGGGAUCAACCUCUGCUUUACAACCCCACUUAUUUUCUUUUGAAAUAAUCAUUGUUUCCACUUCCACCACCCUUGUAGGCCACAAGUUCCGGCCCAUCACUGUAUGCUGCAUAAAAGAACUGUUUCCUAUAUCACCUCAAUACUAUUCCUUCAAAAACUCUUAACUCUCUGUUCCCAAGUUUUUAUACCAACAGUUAAUAGA